AUGUCGCACAUGCAGGACGUUACAUCCUCGUCGCCUCCUACCGCAAGCGCUGAAGGUUUUGAGCUCGCCGAGCGGAACCUCGACUUGGCAGCGACAGGGGGGCCGGAAGCGGAUGAGGCAGGAGACCUGGCCGAUCUCUUCUUCCUUGGACGCGACUCGAGAACCGGCAAGCCCCUUGAGCCUUCCACCGACCCCGCGCGUCCUCGCGCCGACGGGGAGAAAGAAGCAGAGAACGCUGCUCCGUCUCAAGCUGACUGCACACUGAAGCCCAUGCAACUUGAUGAGCCUAAGGAGCAGGAGCAAGACGUUCACGACCUCGAGCAGGAGAGGGUCGAGGAGAGAAGCAGAGUGGACAACAUUGAGUUAAAGAGAAGGAGAACCUGUAAAAUCGGUUGGGAGAAGUUCAAACGCAAGUCUCUUCGCAUCAUCUGUGAAGGGAAACCAGGAACUUUGCUCAACAACAUCCUCGUUGCCAUUGACAAGGCAGGGCAGGUGAGAGGGGAGCAAGGGAAGGCGGGGGGACACGUUUGA